GACAAUGACAUGUUCAAAAUCAGGAAAGUAGAUUUGACGUUUUCGAAAUUCGCUGUUGAAAUUUUCUUUUUUCGAUCACAACCAAAAUGGCGGAAGAUGAAGUGGACGAAGAAGAUAUGGACUUCGACAAGGAAGACGAGGGAGAAGAAAUGUCUGAAGAUGAGAUUGAUAGAAGACUUGCCGAUUGCCGUAACAGGGGUAAGCCCUGCAACAGACGUAUCGACGAGCUGGCUUUACCAUCGAAAAGAUUGUUGCUGUGCACCUUCAGAGAGUACGGUUAUCUAUUUCCAGAGAAAUGGAACGACAGAAUUAAAGAGCUGCUGUCGAUUCUUUACGCUAUGACUCCAGAAGAAACUGAGAAGUACUUCGAACAGUUGAGAGAGGCUUCGAGACAAAUGGCUUUGCGAAGGAAGAUGAAAGAAAGACUGAAAAAGCUAGUAGCGAGAAGGAGAGAAAGAGAAAUGAAACUCAAGGCUUACGUCCUUUUCAAGAAUAUCAUAAAGGUGGGACUAAUGCACGCUGCAACGCAAGAUAUACCACCUCUGGUUUCUGUCAGGAUGCGAAAUUUGUCUGAUAUAAUACUCCAGCAUUUGGCCGAUCUCAGGGGUGUGGAUGUACCUGAAAGAGAACAUCCCGAUAAACUGGGCACAUUUUUGCUUUCCGCUGCUGAUUGGAUAGCAAUAGCUGUCAUCAAUGUCUACUAUCUCGUUCAGUUGAAGAAGAACGAAGAGUUGGAAGAAAUCGAGGAAAUCGAGAUGGCUAAACUCGAAGAAGAGAAGAAGAAAGAAAAGGCAUUUCGUAAAGGAAUCAAAGCUACUUCAUCUCCCAGACAAUCGUUGCAGAAUAUAUGAAAAAAUCUUUAUCGAAUUGUAUUCUGUAUGUAAUAAUAUGUAUUUUUUUUGUGUCUACGUAAGAGUAAAUUUGAUGAUCUGUUGAAUGAUUA